AGUCUUGCUGUGCACAGUGAUGAUGGAGCGUCUGCUGCUGAUGUUCAUCCUCACACACGCUUCAGGAACUCAAUAUAUCCAGACAGUCAGUAAAAUAUGUGUUCAGAAACAACAAACGAUCACAGUGCCAUGUUUAUAUGAUCAGAAAUAUGCUAAUCACCCAAAAUACAUGAGUUGUGGAGGUGUGUGGAUCUUCAGUCGUUCUGUGACACACAGCAGGAUGUCUGUUGAGGAUGAUCCAGCAGUAAAAGUGUUUAAGGCGACACAGAGAAGCUGAAGUGAGUGACUCCGGCUGGUACUGGUGUGCUGUGAGCAUGUCUGGAUCUGAUCCUCACAAAUAUCUGUAUCUGCAGGUUACUGAAGCACAACCAGGGCUCCGUGUCUCCAGUCAGACUGUGUCAGGUUAUGAGGGAGGUAACGUCACGAUCCUCUGUCACGGCGCUUCACACUGGUGUAGGAUCAGAGGAUCUUGUGCGGGGAGAGAUGGAGGAUCUCUAGAGAGGACUGCGGUGCGUGAUGAUGAUGGUUCUGUUCUGAGAGUGACUCUGUAUCAGCUGCAGAAGGAGGACAGUGGAUGGUAUUACUGCGCUAAUGAGGAUUCACAGAUGCCUGUUCAUCUUACUGUGAUGGAGGCCCUAAAUAUUACACAGUGUACAACUAACCCCUCUUAUAGCAGCACUCCACCCAGUGCAGACAGGCAGUUCCUGUGGCUGCUGCUGCUGGGAGCGAUGCUGCUGAUUACAGUCUGUGCAGCUGUGAUGCUGAUCAGAGCGAGGAACACGAGAAAACAAUCAGCAUCUGCAGUAAGCUCAAAUCUACACGAAGGCAUGGACAAACAACAGCUGCCCACAGAAACUGGGAAAAACAGCGAGGCUGCGUGUGAAAAUCUCUAUGAAAUCAUGACUGGAAUUAAACAGAACACUCAGGGAAAUAGGAAAAACAACGAGGUUGCAUGUGAAAAUCUCUAUGAAACCAUGACUGGAAUUAAACAAAACAAUCAGCUGACUGCAAUAGAUAAUAAAAACAUAUAUGCAUCUAUGGUCAGAAAAGUUAAAAAGUGAACUCGAUAAACAGGCUUAUGGUUCUUAUAAUAUUUGUUUGUGAUAAUCAGAGUUUAAUCAAAUCAGAUGUGUGUAACUCAUGUAAACCAAUAGCAUUAGUUUUAUUCAAUUUGAAUAUGUGAUUAGAAAAAUAACUAAUAUGAAGGAUCUUUUUUUUAAACCCUAAUAUAAUGUUGUAGGUCAUUUUAACCCCCAACACUUUUUUUUUCUUGAGUUGUGGGAACUACUGGUUAACCUCGGAUGUUUUUCUUGAAGUUGUGUAAUUGUUUUCAUUUAGGGAUAUGAACAUGCCCACAAAGGUUCAACAUCCGAGCUGUGUGUACAGAGUUUAUGUAUUAUGAUAUAAAUCAUGUAAAAAAAAAAACACCUGGCAAAUAAAGCUAAUUCUGAUUC